AGUAGUCUGGACGUGGUGGAUACAAUUAAAAAAAAAGACAACAUAUCCAAGAUCUGGCCAUCAUGGGCGUUGAUUGAUUUAUUCCGUAGGUGAAUUAAAAUAUAAAAAAUAAUUUUAGAAAGAAGGAAAGGCAGAGGGAAAAGGAGGGCCUUGAAUAUUGAAGUUAUAAGAGGAAAAGGAAUCGGACAAGGAAUAUUAAUUUCUUAUAAUCCCACCCGUCCCGCGUGGAAACUGGAAAGCUGUCUUGUUUCACCUAACAGGGCGCUGUACUAUACAUUAUAUAUUAAGAGAGAGAGUUGCAUCCACAAAUGUCACUUCCUUUCUCCAUAUAUACAGAGACCAAACAUCCUUUUUAAUUAUUCCUUCUUUUCAAUCCACGCUAAAAAUGAGUGAUGAACAAAGGCGCGCCCCUCGUUUGAAUGAGAGGAUCCUCUCAUCAUUGUCCAGGAGGUCUGUUGCCGCUCACCCUUGGCACGAUCUCGAGAUAGGACCUGAAGCUCCAAGCGUUUUCAAUGUUGUCAUUGAGAUAUCGAAAGGCAGUAAAGUCAAAUACGAGCUUGACAAGAAAACUGGUCUCAUUAAGGUUGAUCGGGUCCUCUACUCAUCAAUGGUGUACCCCCAGAACUAUGGCUUCAUUCCUCGUACGCUAUGUGAAGAUAAUGACCCCAUGGAUGUACUAGUGCUCAUGCAGGAGCCUGUCCUCCCAGGUUGUUUCCUUCGAGCUAGGGCCAUAGGCUUGAUGCCUAUGAUUGAUCAGGGUGAGAAGGAUGAUAAGAUAAUAGCAGUGUGUGCUGAUGAUCCAGAAUAUCGCCACUACACUGAUAUAAACCAGCUUGCUCCUCACCGUCUGGCAGAAAUUCGCCGCUUUUUUGAAGACUACAAGAAGCUUGAGAACAAGGAAGUUGCUGUCAAUGAGUUUCUGCCUCCAACUACUGCUGUCCAAGCCAUCCAAUACUCAAUGGACCUCUAUGCCGAAUACAUAUUACACACACUGAGAAAGUGAUCAGAUGCUCCUAUGCAGCAUUCUACCAAAGUAGUGGAUUAAUUUAUUGCAAGUGAAAAGACAGUUGCAAGUCGUUUCAUGUUACUGUAAUGCAGCCAGAUGGUCGUGUUUUUCUUUUCAUAAUUAUUAUUUUCUUUGUACUAUUUGUUUUUGGCAGUUUGUCACGCAAAAGGGAGUGUUAAAUAUUAUAGCGGAAUUAACUAAUAAAUGUCAUUUAAUUCAGUACAUGAAUCAAACUACUUCAUGUUGA